AUGUUUAGAAUGAAACUCAAAGAAAACACCAUUAUCUUCAGCAAAUUUCCGUACACUAAUCAAGUUUUUGGUGAUAGAAGGAACAUGAAGAAUGUUUUGAAGAAGAAGUGUUCUUUUAGAAUUAAGAGGUUGAAAUCUCAGUUGGAGGAUCUUUCGGCAAAAGGAUUCAUUCGACCAAGUGUUUCACCGUGGGGAGCGCCAGUGUUGUUAGUUAAGAAGAAAGACGGAAGGUCGAGAUUGUGUGUGGACUAUCGACAACUGAACAAGGCGACGAUCAAGAACAGAUACCCGUUGCCGAGGAUAGAUGAUUUGAUGGAUCAAUUACGAGGGGCUGCUGUAUUUUCGAAGAUAGAUUUGAAAUCAGGCUAUCAUCAGAUCAGAGUGAAGACUGAGGAUAUACCGAAGACUGCAUUCAGAACACGCUACGGACACUACGAGUACCUAGUGAUGCCGUUUGGAGUGACAAAUGCACCUGCUGUUUUCAUGGAUUACAUGAACCGCAUCUUUCAUGAAUUCCUAGAUCGGUUUGUGGUGGUGUUUAUUGAUGAUAUACUGAUAUACUCGAAGGAUGCAACGGAACAUGAAGGACAUUUGCGCCAAGUUCUACAAGUGUUGAGAGAAAAGAAGCUGUAUGCGAACCCUUCCAAGUGUGAAUUCUGGCUGAAGGAAGUUAAUUUCUUAGGCCACGUUAUCUCAAAGGAAGGCAUAGCUGUGGAUCCGGCGAAAGUAGAGACUGUUUUGGCUUGGGAGCAACCGAAGACAGUGACAGAAAUCAGAAGUUUUGUGGGUUUGGCUGGAUACUAUUUAUUGUUGAAAUCUCAGUUGGAGGAUCUUUCGGCAAAAGGAUUCAUUCGACCAAGUGUUUCACCGUGGGGAGCGCCAGUGUUGUUAGUUAAGAAGAAAGACGGAAGGUCGAGAUUGUGUGUGGACUAUCGACAACUGAACAAGGCGACGAUCAAGAACAGAUACCCGUUGCCGAGGAUAGAUGAUUUGAUGGAUCAAUUACGAGGGGCUGCUGUAUUUUCGAAGAUAGAUUUGAAAUCAGGCUAUCAUCAGAUCAGAGUGAAGACUGAGGAUAUACCGAAGACUGCAUUCAGAACACGCUACGGACACUACGAGUACCUAGUGAUGCCGUUUGGAGUGACAAAUGCACCUGCUGUUUUCAUGGAUUACAUGAACCGCAUCUUUCAUGAAUUCCUAGAUCGGUUUGUGGUGGUGUUUAUUGAUGAUAUACUGAUAUACUCGAAGGAUGCAACGGAACAUGAAGGACAUUUGCGCCAAGUUCUACAAGUGUUGAGAGAAAAGAAGCUGUAUGCGAACCCUUCCAAGUGUGAAUUCUGGCUGAAGGAAGUUAAUUUCUUAGGCCACGUUAUCUCAAAGGAAGGCAUAGCUGUGGAUCCGGCGAAAGUAGAGACUGUUUUGGCUUGGGAGCAACCGAAGACAGUGACAGAAAUCAGAAGUUUUGUGGGUUUGGCUGGAUACUAUUUUAAUUCUAUUUGA